UUCAAAUAAAUCAAAUACAAUGUAAUUGUCAUUCAAUAAUAUUGUCGAUUGUCAUCACUGUAUGUAUUAUAUCUAUUGAUGACAUUUGACAUACAUAUCAAUUCAAUUGACUGACUCUUAUGUUAUGACAAACAAUACAUUGAAUAUCCUGUGAAUCAAAUCAAUGAUCAAUGUUUGAUAUUCAAAUGUAACGAUAAUUAUUAAAUAAGAUUUGAAUAUUUUGGUAGAAAUUUUGAGCUUUAAUUUGAGAUCAAUUAAUGAUAAAUAAUAUAAUUUUAAUUAUUGUGGAAAUGUCUGAUUUAUCAUUGUUUGGUUGGCAGUGUGUGUAUGUGUUAUCCAUGUAUUUGGGAACUUUUGUGUCAUAUCUCAUACCUAUAGUAUUGAUAACUCGACAACAAAAACAAGAGCAAAGCACCGGUAACUCAAAACAUAGCGGACUGUCCAACAAUGUUAAGACACAGCGUAUACUAUCGAUCUGUAACUGUUUGAGUGCCGGUAUUUUUAUCGGCAUUUGUUUCUUGAAUCUCAUACCAUAUGUUGACGAAGAGUUUCAAAUGCUUUUCAAUGAAGCCAAAUAUCAGGUGAUGUUCCCAAUAGGUAUGUUCACCACUAUAUUAGGCCUAUUCCUUGUUCUCGUUCUCGAGACACUCGUGAUGGGCUGUCGGUCUAACUCAAGUAAUCCAGUAUUACAUUUGGAUGAAGAAGAAGAAUUAAGUCACGAUUUCCAUAAUGAUGAACAAACACAGGAACUCCUAUCAGCCACACAUAACAUCAGCGAUAAGGAGUCCAACAAUGAGUUUAUUGUCAGCAAUAACUGUAAUAACGGAAGUACUGUCCAAAGUCAUAGUCAUAGCCAUUAUCAUUCACACUCUCAUAAUUCAUUUCACUCGCAUUCACACGAUUUCAAUAUUGAAAACACUUCCAAAUCAAGUAUUUCUUUCUUUAUAUUGAUGUUUGCGACGAGUGUUCACUCAGUUUUUGAAGGUCUGGCACUUGGUCUUCAAAAAGAUGCCACGAAAGCCAUGCAUUUAUUUAUCGGUAUUUUAAUACACGAGUGUUUGGUUGCAUUUGCUUUGGGUCUCAACUCUGCGCGAAACGAGUGUUCAGUCAAGACUAAUGUUAAGUUUUCGGUUGUUUUUUCAUUGACAAUACCUAUUGGAAUAGUGAUGGGUGUCGUGUUGGGCAUCACACCUGGUCUUGUAGGCCGAUCCAUAUCAGCUCUGUUUCAGGGGUUGGCUGCCGGCACUUUCAUUCACGUAACCUUUCAUGAGUUAAUACCAUCCGAGUUUUUAAUGGACACUUCGGAUGGAAGUGAUAAUAGUAAUCACAAACAAAAACUAUUUAAGAUAUUUCUACUUUUUAUGGGUUUUAUGUUUAUGGCACUCAUGACUUUGUUUACCAGUGAUUCACAUUAGUAGACACUUAUAUGUUGUAAAAUA